GCCUGCUCAGAGCGUCAGGCGAUGCUUCUGCGUCUCUUCUUGUUUCUCUCCUCCAGACGAGAUGCCCAUUGUAAAAUACCCCCGAAGAGUUGACCCACUUUGGUAUGAAUGGGAUAGGAAGGCGCAGAAGUGUGGGCUGAGGCACACCGUCUACGCGGUAAACGGAGAUCGGUACAUUGGGGAGUGGCUGGACAACAUCAAACACGGCAAAGGAACGCAGAUAUGGAAAAAGAGCGGAGCGAUCUACAGCGGAGACUGGAAAUUCGGAAAAAGGGAUGGCUUCGGCACUUACAGUAUGCUGGAUCCCGUGACAAAGGAUUAUAAGAAAGUGUAUUCCGGCUGGUGGAAAAAUGACAAAAUGUGGGGCUAUGGAGUUAAGUUCUACUCCGACGGAGAGUAUUAUGAGGGCGAAUGGGCCUGGGGGAAGCGGAACGGCUGGGGACGGAUGUACUACAAAGACGGGUCCAUCUACGAAGGCCAGUGGUCCGAAGACAAGCCCGGCGGACAAGGGAUGUUUCGCUGGAAAAACGAAAACCGCUACGAAGGUUCAUGGAAAGAUGGGAAGAAGCAUGGCCCGGGGAAGUUCAUCUACCUGGACACAGGCCAGCUCUACGAAGGGUUCUGGGUGGCAGACAUACCAAAGUGUGGCACCAUGACUGAUUUUGGCCAUGGCGAGGCCCCAGCCCCCACCCAGUAUCCAAUCCCCAAGAUUGAACUGGCAGAUCCAGAAGGUGUCAUAGAAGAAGCUGUUCUGAUGUUAGAGAAUGCCGAAGAAUUCAGUUCUCAGCCUCAGAAGGAAAGAUGAUGGCUGUAACUCUGCAGAUGCUUCACCGGUCAAGGCUGCUUUUUAACAGAAGGGCCUCCCUGGUGGAUGCCCUUCCCAGGAAUAUAUUGAGUAACCUGGCCGAGCCUUCUGGCCUGUUCCUUGUUCCUUCCUUCAGCAGGGUACUUUAGCAGCUGAAAUGGACAUAGGGAUGAGGGACAAAUCAGGGAUUCUCGUAUGAUUGAACCU